AUGGAGGAUGGGAGCGAGGACCCCGAAGGAUCAGAGGUGCUCUUGGACCUGUGCGUGGUGGACAUCCCUCAAGAGCCGAACCCGACGGCGCCGCUUGAGGGUCAACCACAAGAAGCCUCCGAAGAACCAAGCGAUGAGUCCCGCGGACGCCCGUCGCCGAGAAAGGGUGGGCGGCUGCGAGCCCGCCGCGGGAGCCGCGCGACGGAGAGGACCUACGGCCUCAAGAAGAGUGGGAAGAACGUCGCCGGGAAGGCGGAAGGGGCCAUGCUCAAGGCCCUCUAUAGCUGCCCCGACUGCGAGAAGAUCUUCAGCCGGAGAUCUUUCCUCAUCUCCCACCAGCGCAUCCACACCGGUGAGAAGCCCUUCACCUGCCACGAGUGCGGGAAGGGUUUCCGAGUUGGGUCGGCCCUCAACAAGCAUCAGAGGAUCCACACGGGCGAGAAACCUUACGAGUGCUCGGACUGCGGGAAGCGUUUCCGCCUCACCUCCACCCUCAGCACCCAUCGGAAGACCCACACUGGGGAGAAACCCUACGUCUGCCUCGUUUGCGGGAAGAGCUUUCGGUUGAGCGUGUAUCUGCUGGCCCACGAAGCCACCCACAAGGUGGACAACGCUUUUCGGUGUCUGGCGUGCGGGAAGAACUUCAGCUUGAGGAGGUACCUGACCAUUCAUCAACGGAUCCAUACGGGGGAGAAGCCCUACAAGUGCUCGGCGUGCGGGAAGCGCUUCAGCCGGAGAUCGAUCCUCGUUGUUCACCAGCGGGUCCACACCGGGGAGAAACCCUACAAGUGCCCCGAAUGCGGGAAGAGCUUCCUCAUGAGUUCAGACCUCCUCGCCCACCGGAGGAUCCACACUGGGGAGAAACCCUACAGCUGCCUCGAGUGCGAGAAGAGCUUUCGGUUGAGCUCCCACCUUACGAGACACCAACGAAGCCACACCGGGGAGAGACCCUACAGAUGCGUGGAUUGCGGGCAGAGCUACACAGACAGCUCCGGCCUCAUCAAACACAAGAAGAUCCACGCGGAAAAGAAGCAGAGGACAUCUCACGAAGCCCGCCCGGGGGAGGGCCGGUAUCAAUGUCCCUACUGUAGCAAGAGCUUCCACACCAAGUCAGCUCAGGUCCUUCACCGCGGCACCCACACCGACGAGCGACCCUAUAGGUGCUCCAAGUGCGAGAAGACCUUCCGCCACAGCGCGACCCUCCUGAAACACCAACGGAUCCAUACGGGCGAGAGACCCUUCCAGUGUCCCAUCUGCGAGAAGUCCUACACCGACAGCUCGACCCUGCGGAGACACCGGAGGAGCCACGGCGAGGAGAAACCCUACGAGUGUCCCGCUUGCGGGGAGUGUUUCGGUGCCGUCGCGGCUCUCCUGAAGCAUCAGCGGUUCCACACCGAGGGGAGACCUUACAGGUGCUCCGACUGCGGGAAAAAUUUCCACUCCAAUUUUCUCCUCGUCACCCACCGACGGAUCCACACGGGAGAAAGACCCUACGCUUGCCCCGAAUGCGGCCGGAGCUUCAGCCGGAGCUCCAACCUGGUGGUCCACCAGCGGUUGCACACCGGCGAGAAGCCCUACAAGUGCUUGGAGUGCGGGAAGAGCUUCAGCCGGAGCUCCCACCUCCUCACCCACCAACGCCUUCACACCGGGGAGAAGCCCUACAAGUGUCCCGAGUGCGGGAAGAGCUUCAGCGACAGCUCCACCCUCAUCACCCACCAACGCCUGCACACCGGGGAGAAACCCUACAAGUGUCCCGAUUGCGGGAAGGGCUUCAACCAGAGCUCCAACCUCACGUCCCACCAGCGCACCCACACCGGCGAGAGACCCUACAAGUGUCCCGAGUGUGGGAAGAGCUUCAGCGUCAGCUCCUACCUGAUCCGCCACCAGAAGAUCCACACCGGGGAGAGGCCCUAUAAGUGCGAGGAGUGCGAGAAGACCUUCAGCCAGAGCUCCAGCCUCAUCAUCCACCAGCGCGUCCACACCGGCGAGAAGCCCUACAGGUGCGUUGACUGCGGGAAGUGGUUUAGGAACAGCUCGGAUCUCAUCAGGCAUCAACGGACGCAUACGGGCGAGAGACCCUACCGCUGUCCCGACUGCGGGAAGAGCUUCAACCGCAGCUCCAACCUGAUGACCCACCAACGCAUCCAUACCGGGGAGAAGCCCUACGAGUGUCCCGAGUGCGGGAGGAGCUUCACUGUGAGUUCUGCCUUGAUUAAACACCAACGGACCCACCGGGAAGGGAAGUCCUACGACUGCCCCGACUGCGGGAAGAGCUUUAUACGUUGUUCGAACUUCAUUACCCAUCGGAGGACCCACGUUGGGUAGAGACCUGGUGACCUACGGUUGGGUUGA